CUUGUCAUAGUAUUUCCUAUUGUGAACGAAGUACACUGGCCUCCUCUCCCACCUUUGUAAAAAGUAGCACUAAUUUUUUCCAUAAUCAGCUAGGCUGGGUAACCUUUAGAGGAGAAGGUUGGACUUCUGUGAUCCCUGUAACAAGAAGGUUACUCUGAUCUGCAGACAUUGGAGACACUGGCAGAUGCCAGAAAUUCUGAAGUGAACCACGAGUCUGUGAGCCCUGGCACUUGCACUCAGAGAAGAUGAAGGAUAUCGACAUAGGAAAAGAGUAUAUCAUCCCCAGUCCGGGCUAUAGGAGUGUGAGGGAGAGAACCAGCGCUUCCGGGCAGCACAGAGAGGAAUCCAAGUUCAAGAGAACUCGACCGGUGGAAUGCCAAGACGCUUUGGAAACAGCAGCCCGCGCGGAGGGCCUCUCUUUGGAUGUCUCUAUGCAUUCUCAGCUCCGAAUCCUAGAUGAGGACCAUCCUAAGGGAAAGUAUCACCAUGGCUUGAAUGUCCUAAAGCCUAUCCGGACCACUUCCAAACACCAGCACCCAGUGGACAAUGCUGGGCUCUUCUCCUGCACGACAUUUUCAUGGCUUUCUCCCCUGGCUCGCAAGGCCCACAAGAAGGGGGAGCUCUUAAUGGAGGACGUGUGGUCUUUGUCCAAGCACGAGUCCUCUGACGUGAACUGCAGAAGACUAGAGAGACUGUGGCAAGAAGAGCUGAAUGAAGUGGGGCCAGACGCCGCUUCCCUGCGAAGGGUUGUGUGGAUCUUCUGCCGCACCAGGCUCGUCCUGUCCAUCGUGUGCCUGAUGAUCACGCAGCUGGCUGGCUUCAGUGGACCAGCCUUCAUGGUGAAGCACCUCUUGGAGUACACCCAGGCAACAGAGUCCAACCUGCAGUACAGCUUGCUGUUAGUCCUGGGCCUCCUCCUGACAGAAAUCGUGCGGUCUUGGUCGCUUGCACUGACGUGGGCAUUGAAUUACCGAACUGGUGUCCGUUUGCGGGGGGCCAUCCUAACUAUGGCAUUUAAGAAGAUCCUUAAGUUAAAGAACAUUAAAGAAAAGUCCCUGGGUGAGCUCAUCAACAUUUGCUCCAACGACGGGCAGAGGAUGUUUGAGGCAGCCGCUGUUGGCAGCUUAUUGGCUGGAGGACCCAUCGUUGCCAUUUUAGGCAUGAUUUAUAAUGUAAUUAUUCUGGGACCAACAGGCUUCCUGGGAUCAGCUGUUUUUAUCCUCUUUUAUCCAUCAAUGAUGUUUACAUCACGGCUCACUGCAUAUUUCAGGAGAAAAUGUGUAGCCGCCACAGAUCACCGUGUCCAGAAGAUGAAUGAAGUUCUUACAUACAUUAAAUUUAUUAAAAUGUAUGCCUGGGUCAAAGCAUUUUCCCAGAGUGUUCAAAAAAUCCGAGAGGAGGAGCGUCGGAUAUUGGAAAAAGCUGGAUACUUUCAGAGCAUCACUGUUGGGGUGGCUCCCAUCGUGGUGGUGAUUGCCAGCGUCGUGACGUUCUCUGUUCACAUGACCCUGGGCUUCGAUCUGACGGCAGCACAGGCUUUCACAGUGGUGACUGUCUUCAAUUCCAUGACUUUUGCUUUGAAAGUAACACCAUUCUCAGUGAAGUCCCUCUCAGAAGCAUCAGUUGCUGUUGACAGAUUUAAGAGUUUGUUUCUAAUGGAAGAGGUUCACAUGAUAAAGAACAAACCAGCCAGCCCUCACAUCAAGAUAGAGAUGAAAAAUGCCACCUUGGCAUGGGACUCCUCCCACUCCAGUAUCCAGAACUCACCUAAGCUGACCCCCAAAAUGAAAAAAGACAAGAGGGCUGCCAGGGGCAAGAAAGAGAAGGGGAGGCAGCUGCAGCGCACUGAGCAUCAGGCGGUGCUGGCAGAGCAGAAGGGCCACCUUCUCCUGGACAGCGACGAGCGGCCCAGCCCUGACGAGGAGGAAGGCAAGCACAUCCACCUGGGGAGCCUCCGCCUGCAGAGGACGCUGUACAGCAUCGACCUGGAGGUCCAAGAGGGAAAACUGGUUGGAAUCUGUGGCAGUGUUGGAAGUGGAAAAACCUCUCUCAUUUCAGCCAUUUUAGGCCAGAUGACACUUCUAGAGGGCAGCAUUGCAAUUAGUGGAACCUUCGCUUAUGUGGCCCAGCAAGCCUGGAUCCUGAAUGCCACUCUGAGAGACAACAUCCUCUUUGGGAAGGAAUUUGAUGAAGAAAGGCAAGGAAUGCUUGGUUUCCAUCUUGGCCACGUGAGAUGCAAGGCAGCCCAAGUCCAUGGUCUUUACUCCAGCCACGUCCCUGACACUCUCUUUGUGUCUUCCAGAUAUAAUUCUGUGCUGAAUAGCUGCUGCCUGAGGCCUGACCUGGCCAUCCUCCCCAACAGUGACCUGACUGAGAUUGGAGAGCGAGGAGCCAACCUGAGUGGUGGGCAGCGUCAGAGGAUCAGCCUCGCCCGGGCCUUGUAUAGCGACAGGAGCAUCUACAUUCUGGAUGACCCCCUCAGUGCCUUAGAUGCCCACGUGGGCAACCACAUCUUCAACAGUGCUAUCCGGAAGCACCUCAAGUCCAAGACGGUUCUGUUUGUCACCCACCAGUUACAGUACCUAGUUGAUUGCGAUGAAGUGAUCUUCAUGAAAGAGGGCUGUAUUACAGAAAGAGGUACCCAUGAGGAACUGAUGAAUUUAAAUGGUGAUUAUGCUACCAUUUUUAACAACCUGUUGCUGGGAGACACCCCUCCAGUUGAGGUUAAUUCAAAAAAGGAAACCAGUGGUUCACAGAAGUCACAAGACAAGGGCCCUAAAACAGGAUCAGUAAAGAAAGAGAAAGCAGCAAAGCCAGAGGAAGUAGGGCAGCUUGUGCAAGUGGAGGAGAAGGGGCAGGGUUCAGUGCCCUGGUCAGUAUACGGUGUCUAUAUCCAGGCUGCUGGGGGUCCCUUGGCAUUCCUGGUCAUCAUGGCCCUCUUUGUGCUGAACGUAGGCAGCACUGCCUUCAGCACCUGGUGGCUGAGUUACUGGAUCAAGCAAGGAAGUGGGAACACCACAGUGACUCAAGGGAACCACACCUACGUGAGCACCAGCAUGAAGGACCAUCCUCUCAUGCAUUACUACGCCAGCAUCUACGCCCUCUCCAUGGCAGUCAUGCUGAUCCUGAAAGCCGUUAGAGGAGUUGUCUUUGUCAAGGGCACCCUGCGAGCCUCCUCCCGGUUGCAUGAUGAGCUUUUCCGAAGGAUCCUUCGAAGCCCUAUGAAGUUUUUUGACACCACCCCGACAGGGAGGAUUCUCAACAGGUUUUCCAAAGACAUGGAUGAAGUUGACGUGCGCCUGCCAUUCCAGGCUGAGAUGUUCAUCCAGAAUGUUAUCCUGGUGUUCUUCUGUGUUGGAAUGAUCGCAGGAAUUUUCCCCUGGUUCCUUGUAGCAGUGGGGCCCCUCGUCAUCCUCUUUUCAGUUCUGCACAUUGUGUCCAGAGUCCUGAUUCGAGAACUGAAGCGUCUGGACAAUAUCACACAGUCACCUUUCCUCUCCCACAUCACGUCCAGCAUACAGGGCCUUGCCACCAUCCAUGCCUACAAUAAAGGGCAGGAGUUUUUGCACAGGUACCAAGAGCUGCUGGAUGACAACCAGGCUCCCUUCUUCCUGUUCACGUGUGCGAUGCGGUGGCUGGCUGUGCGGCUGGACCUCAUCAGCAUCGCCCUCAUCACCACCACCGGGCUGAUGAUCGUUCUCAUGCAUGGGCAGAUUGCCCCAGCCUAUGCAGGGCUGGCCAUCUCUUACGCUGUCCAGUUAACAGGUCUGUUCCAGUUUACAGUCAGACUGGCAUCUGAGACAGAAGCUCGAUUCACCUCAGUGGAGAGGAUCAAUCACUACAUUAAGACACUCUCCUUGGAAGCACCCGCCAGGAUUAAAAACAAGGCUCCUUCCCCUGACUGGCCUCAGGAAGGGGAGGUGACCUUUGAGAAUGCAGAAAUGAGGUACCGAGAAAACCUCCCUCUGGUCCUGAAGAAAGUGUCCUUCACCAUCAAACCUAAGGAGAAGAUUGGCAUUGUGGGGCGGACAGGAUCAGGGAAGUCCUCUCUGGGGAUGGCCCUCUUUCGUCUGGUGGAGUUAUCUGGAGGCUGCAUCAAGAUUGACGGAGUGAGAAUCAGUGACAUUGGCCUUGCUGACCUCCGAAGCAAACUCUCUAUCAUUCCCCAAGAGCCAGUGCUGUUCAGUGGCACUGUCAGAUCAAAUUUGGACCCCUUCAACCAGUACGCGGAAGACCAGAUUUGGGAUGCCCUUGAAAGGACACACAUGAAAGAAUGUAUUGCUCAGCUACCUCUGAAACUUGAAUCUGAAGUGAUGGAGAACGGGGAUAACUUCUCAGUGGGGGAACGGCAGCUCUUGUGCGUAGCAAGAGCCUUACUCCGCCACUGUAAGAUUCUGAUUUUAGAUGAAGCCACAGCUGCCAUGGACUCAGAGACAGACUUACUGAUUCAGGAGACCAUCCGAGAAGCAUUUGCAGACUGCACCAUGCUGACCAUUGCCCAUCGCUUGCAUACAGUUCUGGGCUCUGAUAGGAUCAUGGUGCUGGCCCAGGGACAGGUGGUGGAGUUUGACACCCCAUCAGUCCUUCUGUCCAAUGAUAGUUCCCGGUUCUAUGCCAUGUUUGCUGCUGUGGAGAACAAGGUUGCUGUCAAGGGCUAACUCCUACUCAUUGAUCAAGUCCCUUUUCUUUGGAGCAUUGCCAUUCCCUGCCUGGGGCGGGCCCCUCAUCGCGUCCUCCUGCCGAAACCUUGCCUUUCCCAAUUUGGUCUUUCGCACAGCAGUUCAGGAUCAGCUUUGUGUUUUACUUUUAGGAGAGUCCUAUUUUGAUUAUUGUAUUUAUUCCAUAUUCAUGUAAACAGAAUUUAGUUUUUGUUCUUAAUUGCACUCUAAAAGGUUCAGGGAACCGUUAUUAUAAUUGUAUCAGAGGCCUAUAAUGAAGCUUUAUACGUGUAGCUAUAUCUAUAUGAAAUUCUGUACAUAGCCUAUAUUUACAGUGAAAAUGUAAGCUGUUUAUUUUAUAUUAAAAUAAGCACUGUGCUAAUGACAGUGCAUAUUCCUUUCUAUCAUUUUUGUACAGUUUGCUGUACUAGAGAUACGGUUUUGCUAUUAGACUGUAGGAAGGGUAGCAUUUCAUUCAUUCUUCUCUAGCGGGUGGGUUCAUGGUGCCGGGUUUUCUGGGUGUCUAGAGGAAGGUGUGUGGCAAGAGUGGGCUGUCCGGGGCCCCUGUGCUGCCUGCCCACAGCCACUCCCGGGCAGGUGGAGUGGGGUGGGGCUGCUGGAGGCCGCGCAGAGCGCUGUGGAUUCUCAGGGCUCCUGCCUUCUGUCCUGGUGUCACUUCCUGUUUCUGUUAGGAGAGCAGCAGGGCAACGCCCUGGCCCCCUUUUCACUCCCUCCAACAGGAGUAAGAAUUACAGAAACAUUCCUCAGAGUAGGGGGAGUUUCUUUCCUGCCUUCCUCUUUUUGCUGUCGUUUCUAAACAAAAAUCAGUUUAUUCACAGAGUGUCCCACUGCCUCAGGUUCCUAACGCUGGCCACUUGCACAGAGCUCUCCAGCUCCUAGACCUGUUGGUUCCAAGCCCCGGAGCCAACUGCUGCUUUUUUAGGUGGUACUUUUUCAUUUGCCUGUUCCCACACCUCCACGGUUCAGUGACAGGGUUCAGGGUUUUGUGGGUCUGUUUUCCUUUCUCCCUGCAGUUGUCACACAGUCUCUCUCUCUCUCCAAAGACUGCGACUUUAAGCAGCUCUUGCUAAUCAGUGUCUCACACUGGCGUAGAAGUUUUUUGUACUGUAAAGAGACCUACCUCAGGUUGCUGAUUGCAGUGUGGUUUGGUGUGUUCCCACCAACCCCCUUCGUGCUGUGGGGCCGGUAGCUCAGGUGGGCGUGGUCACUGCUGUCAUCAAUUGAACGGUCAGCGUUGCAUGUCGUGACCAACUAGACAUUCUGUCGCCUUAGCAUGUUUGCUGAACACCUUGUGGAAGCAAAAAUCUAAAAAAGUGAAUAAAAUUAUUUUGGAUUUUGUAAAA